CCGCCAUCUUCCAGUGAUUCGCCAAGAUGACCAACACAAAGGGAAAGAGGCGGGGCACCCGCUACAUGUUCUCCAGGCCUUUCAGAAAACAUGGAGUUGUUCCUUUGGCCACAUACAUGCGAAUCUACGAUAUUGUAGAUAUCAAGGGAAUGGGUACUGUUCAAAAAGGAAUGCCCCACGAAUGUUACCAUGGCAAAACUGGGAGAGUCUACAAUGUUACCCAGCAUGCUGUUGGCAUCAUUGUAAACAAACAAGUUAAGAGCAAGAUUCUUGCCAAGAGAAUUAAUGUGCGUAUUGAGCAUAUUAAGCACUCUAAGAGCCGAGAUAGCUUCCUGAAACGUGUGAAGGAAAAUGAUCAGAAAAAGAAGGAAGCCAAAGAGAAAGGGACUUGGGUUCAGCUGAAGCGCCAGCCUGCUCCACCCAGAGAAGCACACUUUGUGAGGACCAAUGGAAAGGAACCCGAACUGUUGGAGCCCAUCCCCUAUGAAUCCAUGGCCUGA